AUGGCUGUCACAAAACCUUCAGGGACCCCAAGUCCUGCCGUCUCGACCCUCCUCUCACCCCUCAUCCCCGCCCUCACAGCGGCCGCCGUAUCGAGCGAACCCGCCUCGAUAGUCCUCCCGCUUCUCUCGCCCAUCCUCCGCCAGCGCGUCCAGUUCCUCUCCUCCUCCGGCUCGGACCCCUGGCUCCGCCUCCUCUGCUACGACACCUCCAAGGCGGCCAAGCUCGCUGAGAUUGCCACGAAUGGCAGCCUGGACCCCCAUCCCGCCUCGGGCGAGAUCGAGGUCGACUGGGACCACGACUGCGAGACGAGAUACCGCCGACUCGACGCCGAGACCCUACAAGCCUUUGUCGUCCUGAAGGAGCUCGGCCUGGCUUUCAAGCUGGUCCACUGCACUGAUGACAAGGAGGGAGCAGCCGACGGCUGGCGCGUGGGCGAGGUCACCGCCGUCGAAAAGGCCGACCCCUUUGAGACCUUUGACGGCGCCUCGCCCGACCUCGCAGCCGCGGAGCAGGCCUUCGAGGGCAAGGCCCAGCAGCCAAAGGGGUCCCUGCCCGUCACGAACGGACACAGCUCCAACGGCGGCCGCCUGACCGCCACCAACAUCCCCGCCGAGGGAGAGGAGGACGACGAUGACGACUACUGGGCCCGCUACGACAACUCCCCGGCGCGGACACCGGCCCAGACACACUCCCCCGGGCCUCAGGCCUCUGGCGGGCCGGUCGGAGGACACAACGUCCCCGCCAGCACCGCCUCCGCCGAGGACGACGCCUACUUCUCGCGCUACAACGACGUCCAGCCCGCGAUGGACAACCACGACCCGGACGAGGAGGCCGAGCAUGCACACCUAAUGCCCCCAGCCCUGGGCCUCUCGGACCCCCAGAGCAAGAACAACAACGCCGCCGCCGCCACCACCCGCCAGCGGUCCACCUCGGACCUGAACCACGAGGGCCUCCUCCACCCCCGCCCCGAGUCGAGCGCCAGCUCCCGCAGCUCCCAGAUCAUCGAGAAGCUCGAGGUGGAGGCCGGCCGCAAGGACCAGAGCGACUUCGGCGUCAAGCAGCACAUCUCCAGGAGCAUCCGCAGCCUGUUCAUGCUCUCCCGCGCCUCGGGCAUCGAGCGCGAGGAGUUCGAGCAGCUGGUCAAGACGGAGCUAGACGUGCUCGGCAUGGUCGAGGAGGACCUCGAUUGA